CAACCAAGAUUUACCGACCCCAAAAACCAAAUACAAAAAUCCCAUUUUGCUGUCAGACACCAAACAUUCAGUAAAGAAAGGGAAAAAUUGUUGAAAAUCAAUGGCGUCGUCUAAGCUCCAAGCUCUAUGGAACCACCCUGCCGGACCCAAGACCAUUCACUUUUGGGCCCCAACUUUUAAAUGGGGCAUUAGCAUAGCCAACGUUGCCGACUUCACUAAGCCACCGGAAAAACUUUCCUAUCCUCAGCAAAUAGGUAAUAAUGCUUAUUGUGUUUUAAUGUACCUCUUACCUGUGUGUUGCAAAUGUCUCACCACCUCUUAUUCUACUCUCAUACUUGCUUCUUUAUAUUUACAUGUAUUUGAGGCUUGUUUAAUUGGGUUGCAUCUGAUUUUAACAGUCUUUUCUAGUUUUCUGAGUGUUAUUUUCUGGUACACAGCGGUUACUUGCACUGGAGUUAUCUGGUCACGCUAUAGCACUGUAAUCACUCCAAAAAACUGGAACCUCUUCAGUGUAAACAUUGUUAUGGCUGGAACAGGGUUAUAUCAACUAGCACGAAAAAUACAGCUAGCAAGCACCAAACAACAAUAGCUACGGUGGAUCAAUAUCCACCGGCGAAUAGAAAAACAUACUUUGGAUUCAAGUUGAUUUGAUGGCCACUGACCAGUAUCGAAAAUCGGAGGAGAAAGUUGUUUGGAUGUUAGGUUAUAGAUUUGUGACGUCCAAAAUUGUUUCAUAAAAAAAAUUGAACUAUAGAGGUUAUAUAGUAGCAAUUUUAAUAACCCAGUGACUUAAAUAAAAACUUUCGAAUCAUUUAAUGACCAUUUUGUAAUUUUUUAAAGUUAAGUAAUCGAAAUGUAAAUUUAGUGACCUUGGGUGUAGUUUACACUUAAUGUUAUUGCCAUUUAUUUGGUA